UCCUGUGCCACAGAGUUGAGCUCAGAAAUAAUCCACAUCCUUUCACGCAAUGGAGGAAAUUUAUGUCAAUGAACGAUAUGUCAAACCUGCCAACAAGCCAUCUACAAAAAAACCCACAGGUCCAAGGAGCUACAAGAGAAGCUUUUAUUUAGUUGUCAUUCUCUCGUUGGGGCUGCUGGCUGGACUUCUCACUCUUGCUUUCUACUACAAAAACUCCUUACAAGAUUCAGCUGAAUAUCUCUCAAUGAGUAACAAACUUUCCUCAAUAACUGAGGAGAGAGAGCUUCUAAAUGCAAAUGUCUCUGUAGUUCGUAACCAACUUUCUUCUAUGACUGAGGAGAGAGACCUGCUGAAGGCCAACCUCACUGAAAUGACCAACGAGCUGGAGAGGCUGCAGAGUUUGUUCAACCAGAAGAAAACAUGUCCUGCGGGAUGGAGCGAGUUCAGAUGUAGCUGCUAUCUCCUCUCUGAAAGAUCUGACUCCUGGCAUUCAGCUAGAAAACACUGCACAGACCAAGGAGCAGAUUUGGUGGUGAUAGACAGCCCUAAAGAACAGGACUUCGUCACUUCAUUCACCCAGAAAGAGACUUGGAUUGGUUUAAAUGACAUAGAACAAGAGGGAACGUGGAAAUGGGUAGAUGGAACUCCUCUGACUCUGCAGUAA